AUGGCCAUGAUUUCUGAUUCGAUCACCAACGCCUCUGCCACUGCAGCCCCAAGCGCAAGGGAUUUCGGAAAAAAGAAAAGGACGAACAGGUCAGCCAAAUUGAAACAGAGCAAGCUAGGUCUCCGCCGUGAGCAAUGGCUUUCUCAAGUUGCGAUGAUAAACAAAGGGGAUAAGGAGGAAGUGGAUUCAAAUCGGAAAACUGGAAGUGAAAAACCUAAUCAGAGAAUUCCUCCGGCUGAGAAUUUAGAUGGGCAGCGUAGAGAAGAAGAGGAUAACAGUGGGACACAUCGCCAUGAGAGCUUCAUAGAGUCACUUUCGAAUAGCCCUAACAGCAUCCUGAGUGGCAUGAACUCGAUCCCCAAUUUUAGCUGCAGCAGUAGCAGUGGAAGUGGUGGCUCUUGUUCUGGUAAUAUUACAGAGGAAGAAGAUGCUGAUGAUGAUGAUUGUUUGGAUGACUGGGAAGCUAUUGCUGAUGCUUUAGCAGCUGAUGAUGAUAAGCACGAGAAAGAGAAUCCUCCUGAGCCCUGCGAAGAGCAUGAGAGUGUCAAGCAUUCAGCUUCUCCAAGAGAUUCAAUCAGUGGAUCUGGUGUGGCUAUAAGGGAUGCAAAGCCUGAUUGCUCGAGAACAACAUCAAGGAAGCAAAAGAGCAACCAGGCAUGGAGGCCAGACGAUAAGCUCCGCCCUCAGGGUCUGCCGAAUUUGGAGAAGCAGCGUAGCUUUCCGGUCAUGAACAUGCAUUUUAGUUCUGUGGCAGUGCCAUCUUCAUGCCCCAUUUGCUACGAAGAUCUUGACUUGACGGAUUCUAAUUUCUUGCCAUGCCCUUGUGGAUUCCGGCUCUGCCUUUUCUGCCACAAGACGAUUUGCGAUGGAGAUGGGCGUUGUCCAGGUUGCAGGAAGCCAUAUGAAAGGAACACAAUCAAGGUUGAGGCUAGUUUUCAAGGUGGUGGUCUGACUAUUAUUCGGCUUGCUCGUUCGUCUAGCAUGUUCUGCAGAUAUGGGUAUAGGAUUUGUCUUUUGGCACCUGAGAACUAUGUUCUAUGUUCUUCUAUGUCAAUGACUCUUCUUCGUCUGAAACAUGUCGUGGUGGUGGUGAUGGUUUAUGUAGAGUGGUGUGUGAGUACAUAA